AUGGCGUAUGAUCGCUAUGUUGCUAUAGCUAAUCCUCUGCGUUAUAAAAUUGUAAUGAGAUGGAAUACAUGUACAAUGCUUUUAGGCAUAACAUGGAUAACUAGCUUUAUAAUAGGCUUUAUAUUAGUUUAUUCUGUUUUCAGGCUCCCAUUUUGUGGCAGACAUGAGAUUGACCAUUUUUAUUGUGAUGUAGGACAGGUUUUGCUCUUGACCUGUCCUAAUACAACAAGCCAUAGGCUAAGUGAGUUGAUAACCUUCUUUACUGGGUUUGGCUUGUUUACGAUCCCAUUUCUUCUCCUGGUUACAUCCUAUGUGUAUAUUAUUUCUGCUAUUCUGAAAAUCCGCACUAAUGAGGGCCGACGGAAGGCCUUCUCCACCUGCUCAUCACAUCUCACCGUGGUUGUAGUUGAAUAUGCUUGUCUUGGAUUUAUUUAUUUCCGACCUACUGAAUCUUAUUCAAUGGAUAAGGACAAGGUAUUUGUAAUGACCUUUACAUUUGUCACUCCUAUAUUAAACCCUGUUAUCUACACUGUUAGGAACAAAGCAGUUAAAAAAGGAUUCAUGAAAUUAACUUCCAAAAAGUUAUUUUGA